CUGGCGCGCGUCUAUCGCGCCCAUGACCCAAGGCCGUAUCCCACUUACCUAGGUGGCAAAACCGUCACCGUGGAUAUCGCGUCUCUCCUAAAGGCCCCCGACUCAGAUGAGUCCUCCGCUGCUCCUCCUCAACACGCCCGAUCUUUGUCAGUCCCCUCCACAACCGCAACCACGGCGGCCACGGCGCCUGUCAGCGGGCUUCCUCCGUAUGUCCCGCCACCCGUAGCGACGGGCCUGGCUGCGAGCGGCAAGCGUGCCAUGCCGCCGCACGUCGCGGAGUCUCCGGCCAAGAAGCAGAGCAAGUGGUCGCCGGAGGAGGAUGCGCUGAUCAUCGAGCUUCGGGGGAGCGGCAUGAAGUGGGAGGACAUCUCGAAACGUCUGCCGGGACGAAGCGCCAUCAGUUGUCGACUUCACUACCAGAACUACUUGGAAAGACGCAGCGAAUGGGACGAGGAGCGCAAGAACAAGCUCGCACGACUCUACGAGAGGUUCAAGCCGGAGAUGUGGGCCAAAGUCGCGGAGGAGAUGGCGGUUCCUUGGCGUGCCGCCGAGGCCAUGCACUGGCAGCUCGGCGAGGCCGACAUGGCCCGGCGAGCCGGCGUGGUCCCGUUCUCCCUGACGGCGGUCAACGUCGACCAGCCGGGCGGCAGCCAUCGACAGUCGCCUUCUCGGGGCCACAUGCACACGCAGUCGCAGGGCAGUUUACCUCGGGACAUCGGCGGACCUUCCCCACGAUACGGCCGACCUCCACCCGGCAUAUCGCCGAUCCCCGGCGGGCGAGUCAUUGCCGCCAGGCGCGAGAGCAUCCCCGGACGGCCCCCGCUGGGCCCGGACCCGAACGAAGGCGUACAGCUGGCGGGGCUUGGACCGCCGGGCGGCCCCGGAUUGGCACCGAUCCAGGGCCUCCCGCCCGGCCGAGGCGGAGGAAUGCUUCCGGGGGUGGCCGAGCUGACGACCGGCGUGAGCCCGUACAGCACUCCGGCCUACGCGAUGGGCGGCAUGCCUACCGCCAGCCCCGUGCCCAGCGCCAGGGCGAGCCCCGGACCGCUUCUCCCCGCCCUCCACUACCCGCCACACGAGCCGGCCGGAUCGAAACGACGAGCGAGCCCAGGCACCGAGAUGGGACCACGCGAGACGAGCCGACGUCGGCACUUGGACCCCCGCCAGGAGGAGAUGGAAAGGAGACGCUUAGCAUGA